GACUUUUCCACCCAAAGUUUCAGUCUUUGUACAACGAUUUGUGGAUUGAAUCCCUCAGAAUAUAGUUUAUUCGAGUCCUUGAGUUUUGUAAAAAAAAAACAAAUUAUAACUACUGUAUCCUCCUCCUCCUGUGAUUAUUGACUGCUAGUUUCAUUGUUGAACAGGAAAUUAAUGGCGGACUCACUUUUAUCAUUUGGAGUCGAAAAGCUUUGGGACCUCCUUGUCAGAGAAUCUGAGCGACUUCAAGGGGUUGAUGAUCAGAUCAAUGGACUAAAGAGUGAUUUAAAUAUGUUGAAGUGCUUUUUGGAAGAUGCAGAAGCCAAGAAACACACAAGUGCAAUGGUGAGAAACACUGUGAAAGAGAUCAAAGAAAUUGUUUAUGACGCAGAAGAUAUAAUCGAAAUCUUUCUUCUGGAGGAAGGACUCGGAAAAACAAGUAGCAUCAGGAAGAGUGUGAGAAGAUUUCCUCGCGUUAUGGUGAAACGCAUGGGGCUUGCUUUCGAUAUGAAAGCCAUAAGCAAUAGAAUAUCUAAGGUGAUCCGUGAUAUGCAGAGUCUUGGCGUGCAACAAGUCAUUGUCAAUGAAACGUAUGCACAGGAGAGACAAAAGGAAAUGCGCCAAACUUUUUCCAGUGAUACUGAAGACCAUCUUGUGGGUUUGGAGGAGAAUGUUGAGCAAUUAGUUGGCUAUUUGGCGGAGGAAGAUAGUAGCAGCCAAGUGGUUUCCAUAACCGGGAUGGGCGGUAUUGGUAAAACCACCCUCGCAAGACAAGUUUUUAAUCAUGAGAUAGUAAAAAGCCAUUUUCCAGGACUCGCAUGGGUAUCUAUCUCACAACAGUUUACAAGGAAGUAUGUGUGGCAGACGAUCUUGCGGAAACUUAGGCGAGAAUAUAAGGUGUUAGAGAUGACAGAAGAUGAACUCCAAGAAGAACUUGUUCGGCUGUUGGGAAUACAAAAGACUUUGAUUGUCCUUGAUGAUAUAUGGAGAGAAGGAGACUGGGACAUAAUAAAACCAAUAUUUCCACGACACAAAGGUUGGAAGAUACUUCUUACUUCCCGCAACGAGGGUGUAGCAUUACGAGCAGAUCCAAAAUGUUUCACUUUUAAGCCAAAUUGUCUAACUCUCGAUGAAUGUUGGUAUAUUUUUCGGAGGAUAGCAUUUCCUAGGAGCGACACGGCCCAACUUAAGGUUGAUGAAAUGGAAGAGAUGGGUAAGCAAAUGAUCAAACACUGCGGAGGACUACCUUUGGCUGUGAAACUGUUAGGAGGUUUGCUAGCUUCCCAAUACACAUUGCAUCAAUGGAAAAGGAUAUAUGAGAAUAUAAGAUCUCACAUCAUUGGAGGGACUAGUUACAAUGGCGACAACAACAAUUUGGUUUAUCAUGUAUUAUCUUUGAGUUUCGAAGAGUUGCCUAGUUGUUUGAAGCAUUGUUUCCUCUACUUGGCUCAUUUUCCAGAAGAUUGUCCAGUAGAUGUUGAGAAACUGGCCUACUACUGGGCCGCGGAAAGAAUGCUAAAACCGGAGUAUUAUGAAAGAACAAGUGUUCGAGAUGUUGUUGAUGGCUACAUAGAAGAGUUGGUUAAAAGAAAUAUGGUUAUCUCCGAAAGAGAUGGUAGGACUUUGAGAUUUGAAAAGUGUCACUUGCAUGACACGAUGAGAGAAGUUUGUCUUCUUAAAGCCAAAGAAGAGAACUUUCUACAAAUUGUUCAUGGCACCACCUCUGAAUCUUCUUGUAAAUCUCGCAGACUCGCUAUACAUCGGCUUGAUAAAACAUUUAAUGAAGAGAUGGAGAUAAACAAUCCAAAACUUAGAUCUCUCUUGGUUAUCUUGAAGGACAUGAGAACAGAUUGGAUGGUACCAGGUUUGCGCUUUACCGGGCUAAAGUUGAUGAGGGUUUUAGAUCUCUCUAAAGCUCAGUUUGAUGGAGGGGAGUUACCCUCAAGCAUUGGAAAUCUCAUUCACUUGAGAUACUUGAGUUUAUAUAUGGCACAUGUAACUCAUCUACCUUCUUCUAUGCGGAAACUGAAGUUGCUGAUCUAUUUAAACCUAAGUGUUGAUGCGAGAUGUUCAAUCUACAUGCCCAAUUUCUUGAAAAAGAUGCGAGAAUUGACAACCCUCUGGUUUCCAUUGAGGAUACAUGACAAGGUAAAGAUGGAAUUGGGCAAUCUAGUCAAUCUGGAGACGUUAGAGAAUUUCUCAACAGAGCACGGGAGUGUGUGUGAUAUCCAGGGUAUGACAAGGCUCAAAACCCUCUCUAUCUCAUUCAAUGGCAAGGGGUGUACUAUGGAAACCCUAUCUUCAUCUCUGAGUGAAUUGAGACACUUGGAAAAUCUUAAUAUAUAUGAUGCUUAUAAGUUGUAUGCUCCCACAGUUGAUGAAGAAGGAUUUUGUUUUGAUUGCAAGAAUCUCAAACAGCUCAAGUUGAGUAUAUGUAUGCCAAGGUUACCUGAUGCCCAACGCUUCCCUUCUCACCUUAGAAGCAUAACUUUACGUGGUUGUUGCUUAGAGGAGGAUCCAAUCCUGAUUCUAGAGAAGCUUCUUCACUUAUAUGAUGUCAGUUUACUAAAUAUAUCUUUCUGUGGGAGGAAAAUGGUUUGCUCGAGUGGUGGGUUUCCCCAACUGCAUAAGCUUGAAUUUGGUGGAUUAGCUGAGUGGGAAGAGUGGAUUGUAGAAGAAGGCUCCAUGCCCUUUCUUCAAACUCUGACUAUUCAUAAUUGUCGAAAGUUGAUGAAGCUUCCUGAUGGGCUGAGGUUUGUCACUUCCUUGGAAGAACUCGAUAUGAACACACAUACACUAGAAUUUUGGAAGAAAUUGUCCAUAGGAGGAGAAGAAUACUACAAAGUCCAACACAUACCUCUUUUGAAUAUCGUCUAACAUAAAGAAAAGGGUAACGUUCCUCCUUUGAACUCUAAAUGAGAAGCUCAUAUCUGUACCUUUGUUGUUUCUCAGAGGUGAGGCUUGAUAUCUUUUAAUUUGUUUAGAGAUUUUAUUGUAUUUUUGUUGUCACGCAACUAGGCUUCAGAAUCUUUGUCGACAACAUCGUUGACUUUGAGAACCUUCUAUAACCAGAUCCUGUUUUGCCAAGAUAUUUAUUUGGACAUUACAUAAUCUAUCAAAA